CACAUGCAGACAUGUUAUCUUCCAAUAGACGUCAUAGCUGAGGUGUCGCAGGAAAUGCCCUGAAACGGAUUCUUAAUUGAUCUAUUUAAAGAGGGAGAGUUUCAUGUUCCUUGCAGAUCUCAGAUGUGCCCCCCUCAUGCCGACGCUAACUUCUAGCAUCAUUUUUUAGAAGUCAGGCCUCCUAGAAUGUAUUUAGAUGUACUUCUUCUUAUCAGAUAAAUCUUUAUCCCGGCUUACCUAAUAUAAUAAAACUUACCUCGGUAUUUUCCUUGUCGGGCAAAAAGUGGCCCCUAGAGUUAGCGACUGACGGACAACUGGAGCGACUUGGAGCGAAAUCCGUUGGGAAUCAGGGAAUUUGCAUCCGCAAGAGUCCAGCCAGGAAUCCAGCCAGCCAGCCCAGCCAGCCAGCCAGACAGCCAAGCAACCUGGUGAAGUUUCUCAACAACAAAGGCCGCUACGGAUAUGUCGACGAGGAAUAUUCUAGCAUACCUAGCAUUGGAUCUGAUUUAAUUGGUGAAGAGAUACAGUCCGCUGGUUCGGGAGUCCCCACUCGGUGGUUAAUCCCUAUCAUUAGGUAGUCAUGCUGGCUGCGCGAAUGCGAGUCGGCGCCCUUGCUAGGGGUCGCCGCCAGAAAUUUACCGUAUAUCCGACUAUAAAUCAGAUCCUACGUCCGAGUCCGUCUUCGUCUAGUCGCUUUGUCAGCACACUCCCAGCCGCAGACCCGUCCUUAUCGCCCAAACCUUCCCUCUUACGUCGUGCCGCCUCCGUUAUAGCUAUCGGCCUAUUCUUCACCUCCCUCGGCAUCGCAAUGGCAGCAGCACCAGCAGCGCCGAUCGUCAAUGAACUCCUCAACCCGCCCACGGAUGAGGAGACCUUGACCAUGUUCAAGCCGGAAACGGACCACGAGCGUGAGGUCGAGGAGUACAUCAACAAUCACCCGCUCACUAAGGAGAUGCGGUCCAGAGAGGAAUUCUACGAGUCGAGACCGCAUCUCAAGAUCCCAGCCCCUUACCGAGUCUAUAACUUGACGGGUGGCACGCUUAUGGGACCGGGUAGGGUGGUUGUACCGCCGGUAGCCUUCGUCGAGGCGGGCGGCAAGUCCAUAGUCUCGAUAUCGUACCUGGGCCACGAGUUAUGCGGCCACCCGGGCAUAGUACACGGCGGGCUUCUUGCGACCAUGCUAGACGAGGGUAUGGCGCGGUGCUGUUUUGCCGCGUUGCCGCAUAAGGUGGGCUUAACCGCCAACCUAAACAUCAACUACCGUGCCCCAGCAUACGCGGAUUCGUACGUCGUGCUCAGAGCUACGACGACAAAGGUAGAAGGACGUAAGGCCUGGGUCGAGGGCCGCAUCGAAACCCUAGUAGGCGAAGGCGAGACUCCGGUGGUCCUCGCGGAGGCGACAGCUUUGUUCGUGUCUCCUAAACACGCAGCGUUGAUGAUGAACUUGUACCCAACGGCAUAAGGGUAGACGAUGGCAUUGUGAUGAAUAGACUUUUAGAUCGGGAUAGACAAGACUUUACGCCUGGCACGGAGUUGGAAUGAGAGCUGGUAAUGCUUGAUAUUUAUUCAUUUUCGAGGUAUCUACUCGAACCUUACGGGAGUCGGAGAUCGAAUGGGUCGGUCCGUCUGGACACUUGUCCGGGAAUUAUUCAAUACCCUAUACACCAAAUCCCCCAUAUUUGCAAGCCUAUAUUAUAGUUUUGCGUUAAUUUGCUGUGAGUUCACCGAACAUUACCUAUUAGCACGUGGUAGGAACACGGAUUUAUUGUCCGAAAAACUACAGACCAAGAGAUGUCCGGACAUAAUUUUCUCGAAGCAAACAAAUCUUAUUAUUAUAUGAGCCU